AUAAAUGGUAAAUGUGCCAACGAGAACAGAGGCCGACCAACCGACCGCUCAACCGCAACCAUUGAAUGGGAAUGAGGAUAUUGAUGUGGAUGAUCUAGCAGAAUUCAACGGACUCAACUUCUGAGAGUUAAAGGAACGCGAACUAAAAAGGCGCAAGAAAACUACAUCAAAUCACUCACUCACAAUGAAUCCAGACUUUGUAGAAACCUCACAGGCGAACGAACCUCCCGAUGAUUCUCACAAGCAGAAAGUGGAUAAAUUAAAAGCAAAGUGCGUGGGCCCAGCAGGUGACCCGAGUAUGUCCUUCUUCAAUCAACCAAUCGUUCCACCGUAUUUGAUCGAGUAUUUCGCAUCGGUCGAACUAUUUUCCGACAGUGACUUCAACAUGUAUUGUGUGUACAACUUCCCGGCGCUCGUUUUAACGCUGCAGAAAGAAAACUGGCACCUCACAUACGAUUUGUUGUUGUAUUUGACUUCAGACAUUCAGUGGAAAGUUCGCAAGACCAUAGCGAUGUUCAUUUGUGAAAUUGCGUUGAUCAUCGGCCGCGAAAAUACGCACCGUGAUUUGUUGCCGAUAUUUUUGGGCUUUUUCAAGGAUUUGGAUGAAGUGAAAAUUGAAGCGCUGAAAAAUCUGCCGACAUUCUUGAGCGUCAUCGACAUCGAGGAGCAUGCAAAAGUCAUCGCCAAUUUGGGUGAAUGUCUGCAAUGCGACAAUGAUUCGAACUAGCGAUUCUCUGACGUAACGUAUGGUCGUGUUUAUUGCAUCAAUUAUUUGAUUUGGUUGACAGGAAGGGCUAUAGCACUGCUCACUGAUAAAGUUAGUGCUCCGUCCAGCAUUUUGCUGACAUAUAAAUUCGACCGAUUACAGAUUGCGGAGAAAUGUUGUACCAGCUCACCGAUAGAGCUCAAGUAUUUAGUCGAAUUUUUGGUUGAGGACUUUGCGCAGCACGUUCACUGGCGACGAAGACAAAUGUUCCUCAAUAUUUGUGAACAGAUGGUU